AAUACAACAGUUUAAACUAUACAACUAUACAACUAUACAAAUACAUUUUGAAUUGAUUUGAUUCACAAUCAAGCACAUAUAACUUAUUGUUGCCACAGGGUCACAUGUCUCGUGGUUCAACAUACAUUUUCUGAUUAGGCCUUCGUUUUUUUCUGUAUGUCGUAAACUUAUAUUCAAGACAGAUUUUUUUUAAAGUUCAAAAACAGUGUGAAGUCAGGUCAUUUGGGAUUUUGGAUUAUACUUUUUGUUUGGACUACCGAGAAAACCACACACAACUCAGAAGACAACCUAAAAAAAUAGGAGGCGGAAUCGUAGAAGCAGGGACAUCCCCCCUGAGAUGAGGAUUGUUCUUCUGGGGAGGAAUAACAAAGAGAAGAGCAUUGUGGGAAACAUCCUCCUGGGUAGACAGGCGUUUGAUCUCAACUAUGUUCUGCACCAGACUGAGAGAGCCAGGGGAUUGGUGGAGGGAAGAUGCUUCACUGUGGUCAACACUCCAGACCUGUUAGACUCAGAUGUCCCUACUGAGGAACACAUGAAGGAACUGCAGCAAUGUGUAACUCUGUCUGCACCUGGACCUCACGUGCUCCUCCUGGUGGUGACACCUAAAGAAUUCACUGAGGAGGAGAGAAACAGAAUCAGACACAUUCUUGACUCUAUAAGUGCAAAGUCCUGUGACUACUCAAUGGUGGUAGUAAAUGUUGGACUUAACAGAGGACCAGACAUGAAAACCUGUGUUGAUAUAAAUCCCCAGGUUCAGGAACUGAUUAAAGAAUGCAGACAGAGGUACUUGGAGAUCAAACACUCUGUAGAUCCGACUAAACUUGUAUCAAGUAUAGACAAGAUUGUGGAGGAGAACAAAGGAGGACACCUCACCUGUGAACUGAAUGUAGAUCCUACAGGAGGAGCAACAACAGAGAGAGGAGCAGAAACAGAAGAGAGGAGUUGGGGGGAUGAGAGAGGAGCGGGUGAACAUGGUGAACGUGGCAUGGCUGUUGUCUCAGAAAAUAAGAGCCAGAAACGUAGAAGCCAGGACAGCCACCCUGAUAUGAGGAUUGUUCUUCUGGGGAGGAAUGGCAGAGAGAAGAGCAUUGUGGGAAACUUCCUCCUGGGUACUGAGGGACUUCACCCUGACUAUUUACAACAUACUCUUACAAUCAGUGCCGAGGUGGAGGGAAGAUCCUUCACUGUGGUCAACACUCCAGACCUGUUACACCCAAAUAUCUCUCAUGAUAAACUGUCAGAGGAACUGCAGCAGUGUGUGACUCAGUCUGCACCUGGACCUCAUGUGCUCCUCCUGGUGGUGACACCUGAAGAGUUCACUGAGGAAGAGAGAAACAGAAUCAGAAACAUCCUUUACUCUAUUAGUAGAAAGUCCUGUGACUACUCAAUGGUGGUAGUUAAUGCUGAACCAAACAGAAGACGAGACAUGGGUACCUGUAUGAAUAUAAAUCCCCAGGUACAGCAACUGAUAGGAGAAUGUAAACGGAGGAACUUCGAGCUCAAACGCUCUGUUGACCAUGCUGAACUAAUAUCAAGUAUAGACAAGAUUGUGUCAGAGAACAGAGGAGGACACCUCACCUGUCAGCUGCAUGAAGUAUCUACAGGAGGAGCAACAACAGAGAGAGGAGCACAAGAGAGGGGUUGGUGGAAUAUGAGAGCAUGGCCUGGAUAUGGGUUAUCAUUAAUUUCAAAGGCUUUGCCAGUCUGGCCCUCUUCAAGCACUCAAAAUAAAGAUGAGUCAUCACUUAGAAUUGUGCUGCUUGGAAAGAGUGAUGAUAAGAAAGCUAUGGCUGAAAACAAUAUUCUGGGGAAGGAUUGUGGUACCUUUAAUCUACCAAGACUCCCCACUAAAACAUGUGUGUCAGACAGUGCACAUGUGAAUGGCAAGAACAUAACUGUUGUGAAGACACCAGACCUCUUUGCACAAAAUCUGACAGUGCAAGAUCUGGUGGAGGAGAUGGAGAAGUGUUUGUCCCUGUCUGCUCCUGGUCCUCACGUGUUCUUACUUCUGCUGAAACCACAAAAAUUCACAGAAGAGAACAACAAAAGAUUAAGAUUGAUCCUGAGCCAGUUUGGUAAAGAUGCUUUCAAACACUCUCUGGUGAUUACAACACAUGAAGGAGAGAAAAUAAAUGGCUGUGUGACUCAGAUCCUUAGAGAUUGUGGAGGACAUCAUUACAAAAUGACACAUGGAGGUGACCAUUCACAGUUAACAAACAAGAUAGAGGAGAUGGUGAGAGGAAACGGGUGGAGAUACCUGAAACAUGAUGAAGGUAAAGAAGAGACACCACAGCCAGAGGGUAUUAGGUCCAUUCCUAGAAUGAACUUGGUCCUGUGUGGGAGGAGAGGAUCUGGGAAGACUUCGGCAGGCGACACCUUACUGGGUCAGAGAGAGCCCAGGGCAGAGUCUCUCUCCUCAGCAGUGUGUGUGAAGAGAGAGGGAGAGGUAUGUGGACGCUGGCUGACCCUGGUGGAGAUGCCUGCUCUGUAUGGAUCAACCCUCACUCAGGAGGAAGUGAUGCGUGAGACUCUCCGCUGUGUCUCUCUGUGUGACCCUCCUGGAGUCCAUGCUUUCCUCCUGGUGGUGCCUGUGGGUCCACUCACUGAUGAAGACAAGGGGGAGCUGCAGACCCUGCAGGACAACUAUGGCUCACAGAUCAAAGACUUUGUCUUGGCUGUACUCACUCAUGACCUUCAAGCAACACAUGACAACUUGAUGGCUUUAUUGAAACUCAACGAAAGCUGUGUACAUCUCCUAAACUCAUGUGGAAAAGGUUAUCAGUUUUUUAACAACAACAACACUCAAGUCCCCCAACUCCUAGAGAAGACAGAGAACAAGAUGGCUGGUGACAGCUGCUUCAGUCUUGAGAUGUACAUGAAGGCACAGGUGGAGAAGAAUUUGAGAGAUAAAGAAAAAGUGUUUCAGCAGAGGAUUGAGGAGCUGGAGGACCAGAUCAGAAACAUACAGACAGGUUCCCAGAAGAGCAGCCUUGAAGAGUGUGUCAGGAUUGUGUUGAUUGGGAGGACAGGAAGUGGAAAGAGUGCUACAGGAAACACCAUUUUGGGGAGCAGUAUGUUCAUUUCUCAAGCAAGUAUGGUAUCUGUGACAGCUAUGUGCCAGAAGAAAACAGAAAUGGUAGAUGGCAGGUCUGUUGCAGUAGUCGACACUCCAGGCCUGUUUGAUACAACUCUCUCUAAUGAUCAAGUUCAAGAGGAGAUAGGGAAAUGUAUCAGUCUUUUAUCUCCAGGUCCCCAUGUCUUUUUACUGACAUUAGGGAUUGGAAGAACCACAAAAGAGGAAAAAGAUACCUUGGAUCUCAUCAAGAGAAACUUCGGUAAAAAUGCAGGCAUUUACACUAUUGUCUUGUUUACAAGAGGUGAUGAUCUUCAGGGAGAGUCGAUCGAGAGUUUCAUUCAAAGAGGUGAUGCGGCGGUAAAGAAACUGAUCCAGGAUUGUGGAGGCAGGUACCAUGUCUUCAAUAACAGAGACAAGAACAACCAUAGCCAGGUCAGGGAGCUGAUGACAAAGAUAGAUGAGAUGGUGAAGAAGAAUGGAGGAGGCAGCUAUACUAAUGAGAUGUUCCAGGAGGCUGAAGCUGCCAUCAAACAAGAAAUUGAUGAAAUACUCAAACAGAAAGAAGAAGAGAUGGAAAGAGAAAAGAAUCAACUUAGAACCAAACACAAGGAGGAAAUGAAUGAAAUGGAAAAAAGAAUGGAGGAACAGAGACUUGAGGUUGAGAACGAGAGAAAACAAAAGCAGGAAGAGUUACAAAGAAAAGAAAAUGAAAUAAAACAAAUGGGUAAAGAAAUAGACAAGAGGGAGAGGCUGGAGAAAGAAAAAAGAGAUGCAGAGGAACGAGAGAGAAGAGACAGAGAAGAGAAACAGAGGGCAGAAUGGGAGAGAAAGGUUAAAGAUAUGGAAGUUUCCCAGAGAAAACAACGUGAGCAAUGGGAAAGGGCACGGCAACUAAAAGAAAAAAAGGAUAACAACAGGAUAGAGAGAGAGAGGAAACUAUGGAACGAUAGACUUCAUAAAGAAAAAGAAGAAUUUGAAAGUAGACAGAUGGAAGACAAGAUGAAGAAGGAUGAGGAAGAGAAAGAGAGACAAUUCAAAUUUGAGAGAUCAAAAGAAAAGUUGUUGAGUCAAAUUAAAGAUGCAGAGAAGGGUAAAGAAGAAUUACAACAAGAAAUGAUUAAAAAGUAUGAAAAAAUGGAGAAAGAACGUUCUGAAGAAAACAGGAGAAAGGAGGAUGCAGACAGGGAAAGACAGGAGCGAGAAAGACAAGAAUGGGACCAAAAACAAAAUAAACUGAGGGAGGAUUUUGACAUAGAACAGAAGGAAGAAAAGCAAAAACAAGAAAAAGAAGAAAACGAUAGGAGACGUAAAGAACAGCAGAACAGAGAAAAGCUUGAGACAGAGUUAGAAGAGACAAAGAGAGAAAUGAAAACCCAACAAGAGCAAUGGGAGUUGGAGAAGAAAAUGGAUGAAGACAAAAGAAAUGAAGAAGAGCUUAAGAGAAGGGAAGAAGAGAGAAAGAAACUGAGAGAACUCCAAGAGGCAUUUGAACGAGAGAGAAGUGAAGAAUUCAUGAGGAGAAAGAAAGAAGACCAGAUUCGAAGAGAGAGAGAUGAAAGACAGCGCCAGGAAACGAUGGACGCACACGACAAACAAAUAAAAGACAUGAGAAGAAGAUAUGAAGAGGAGGCUCGGAACCAAGCAGAGGAGUUUAAUGAUUACCGAAGGAAAUACUUAGAGGAAUACAAAGCUACGGUACAAAGACAUGAUGAAGAAAUGAAAAGCACAACGUAUAAACAUAAACAAGACACACGCCUGUUGGAAGAAAUUUCAAAACUUAAAGACAAGGAAAUUAAAUCUGGACAAGACACUGUGGACAAAAUGAAAGAAGACUUAAAGGAAGCACAUCAAAGAGAAAUUGAUGACCUGAAACAGAAAUAUGAAAACAAACAUUGUGUUUUGCUCUGAAUAAACACACUGGUAUUAAACACCCAGACAUUUUCAUAAACUUGACAAAUUGUACUUUGUAACCUUUGCAAACAGUUCAAAGCCCUUGUUAACACUGUAUCAAUGGGAUGACAUUACUUCAUAUAAGCCAUUAGUUUUAGAAAAGUAAUGUUAAACUUUGUAAAAUGUUAAAUUUGUGACAAGGAUUGAACCUGGGGAUUUUAAGUGAGAAUACAAGGACUCUGUUUAGACUAAGAGAAUGUUUUGAACAGAUGUGACCUUUGACUUUGAGACAGACCCACGGAGAAGGUGUUCAGACUAGGAGAAGAUGUGAUCUGAUCUACUGGAAAAGAGAUCAUUGGGGGAUUCCUGUUAGACACUGUCGGCAGAUACACAAACUAUUUGAUUCAUUUAGAUUACAAUGAAUGGCAGUUCCAGUUGUGUAAAGCAAAUUAACAGAGAAAGUACACAUUAACUUUAACAAUGCAGCCAAGACUAUCAUGUUGUGUACCUCACUUGGAUUGAUUUGGUUACAAAAACAUGCUCUCAAUUAGUCUCAGUAGUCCAGCUGAAUGAUGAUGAUGAUAUCUCUGUGACAUCUUUUUGCCUUUAUUUGUAUCAUAAUGACUAAAGCCUAUAACAGCAGCAGUAUUAUCUCAAGUUAUAAUACGGGUGGUUGAAAUCAAGCAUUCUGAUUGGUUGAGAGUGAGUCACGGGGUGUGCUUUAUGGAGCAUAAAGUACUGUACGCCUUUUUACAUUUACCUUUAAAAAGGGAGCGUUCCAUAUUAGUGCGCACUCAAAAUAACAAAAAGGUUGCCGAAGAAAAAGACUGUCAACUAGUACUGGUGUGCAGCUGUUUAUUGGUUAGCAAGCUACAGUAGCAACAUUCGGUUCAUUUUUUAGCAAUAAUAUUGGAUUGUCCCGUGGUAUCAGUGCUAACUAGCUGGUCUAACUACUGAAACGUUAGACGGAAGCUCAGGUCUAGCCAUUAGUUGCUAACUUGAUAUCCACUUAUUUAAUUUUAGCUUCGUAGCCACGCAAUUACAGUACACGACCUGGUCUUGGCUUCUUAAUUAAGCAAUAAGCCCCAAGAGGCCGUGGUUUACGCUGAUUUUAGAACAGGUAAGGGAAGUUGUUAGGCACGACGCGAAGCGGAGUAUAUGGUUUCAUCAAUAAAAACUAUUAGAAACAAAAUAGUUUAAUAAUAAACCGUCAUUCUUCCGCUACUACAAAGUAUAGUUCCUACAUAAAUCGUUGCCACGCAACAGCCAGAUGGACACCUUUGCCGUCUUCUUCAAUUUGAAAUAUUCGAUGCGCAGUAAUAUGGAAUGUUAAAGAAUGUUAUUAGGACAACCUGUGAGAUUAUACUGGAUUUUACAACGGCAUGGAAUGCGAUAUAGCCAAUCACAAUCAAGGAUGGGAACAACCAGUUUUAGAACGCUUAAUUAGGGCAUAUCCCUCAGGGCAGCAAAAAAGAACAGCAUGAACAACACACACCAAUGGAACGUGUACUUGCUCUCUGUGUUUGCUUGUUGAAGUCCACAGCACUCAACUCCUCUGUAUUAUCUGUGUCCGUUGCAAUAAUGGAUUUCAACUGUGUGCUCCCUGCCUUAUAUGUAAAUGUAUGAAUUGCUAGCUGCUGCCAGGGAGGGAGAUUUCUCUUCUGUCAAUUAAUGCAGUUGAAAUACAGGAGUCCUGGCUGAAUUGCUAUAGCUACUGAUGCAAAUCAUUGUCCUAUAUAUGUUACAUUAAAUUCUCAAAUACAA